UGCAUUUACAGAGAUGACACAUUUACAGCUGAGGGCUUCUAACAGGAAGUUUCAUUUGAAUGAAUAGUAGAUCAUUUUUUUUCAUCGCUCAAAAGCCAGUUUUGAACCAACUUCUUUUCAGAAGACAAAAUCAAUUACACCUCUUGGCCUCUUGUCAGCUUUGACUUAACAGUGGAAGAAACUAAAAAUCACUGUUGUUACGUCGUUGUCGUUACACCCUUCCAUGUCAUGAAUGAAACUAUUUUUUUAAAAGUACACCUUAGCAGAUUUUGCAGAUUGUUCAGUCUUUUCACAUUAAGAUUUUCACUAACAACACCACACCACAACUUAACAAAAGGUAGUUUAUUUAAAUUGGUAGGAGGUUUUGGAGAGGAUGGUAAAAGGGGGGUCGAGGUUGGUGGAUGAAGAGGAGGUUUGAGUGGGGUGCAGAUCGGCUGGACCGUCUAUGAACCGGGAGGUUGAGACCCAGAAUGGAGGUAUGUCUCGAUGGGUGUGUGUCUUGGUUGACAUGGCUUCAUCAUACCUCAAAAGGUAUUACUGGAUUGUGCGAAAAUAUGCUUUGGUCGAUAUUAUGGAGGCUGGCCGUGGGUGGAGCUGUGGAAGGCUUGGGAGGACUGCAGUCGAGGACUUGUGUACGUAUGUCAGGAUGGGUUUGUGAGGGCUUCGGUACGAUUUGGUUGGAAGAAGAAGAUGGGAUGCGAGAUUCCGAACCGGUCGGUCUUGCUCUGUGUGAGGUUCAAUCGGAGGUAACUUGAGAGUGGACAGAGUUUCUGAGAGGGUAACGUGUUGAGACGGUCGUGACUGGAUGUUGUGGAACUGGAGGCCGAAGCAAGAGGCCAAAGUAUACCAGGAUUGUACUUGGAAGAUGGAUGAUCUGAUUUCAAGGAUUGUAUGGGCGUUAGUGACAGAGCUGAUUUGUUACGAUGUCAACGGAGGGAGAAAGGAGGUUGCAGAGUGUGUGUGAUUACUGGGAACUGCACCAUCUGUUGUUGUAUGAUGGUGAUUGUGAGCGGCUUGAUGAUGUCAACAACAGUGAGGUUGUGUGGGUGGAUGAACUUUUCUGGAUCAUUCAUGCCCAGAGAGGUGCGAUAUUUUGCAUAUUUUCCCUGGUUUAAAUGACAUGAGAAUGAAACUGUAUCAUCUUCCAUUAUAAAGCUAUCAAUGUAAACAACUUUGUCUGCAUUGUUGUGCAAAAAAACUACAACUCCAUUGUCUGUGUGUGUUUAGUGUCUAGUGUUUUUACUGUGACAGAAUAUUAAUAUUUUUAUUUUCCAAAAUCUUUGUAUUAUUUUUCCCAAAGUGAAUAUAAAAACAGCAAUGGUACAUUGAGAAUGUGCUUCACAGUCACAAGGAUAUCAGAAGAAGUCAGAAAUUCCACCUUCAAACAGAAAGGAUUGAAUGUAUGUGGCUGACUUACUCCUUGGGAUUGGUCUGGAGGAAGAGCGAUAUAGCUCUGGAUCGAGCCAGCAAUUAUAGUCCCCAGCCAUGAUUAAGAAACGGGAUUCCAGCUUGAGAAACUUGGAAAAUACCCAUUCAAAAAAGGUGAUAUCAUCUAAGUUUGGAGCAUAAAUGUUAACCAAGACAACAAUUGUAUCAAAAAAGUUUCCCAGACACAAUUACAAACCUGCCAUUAUUGUCGGCGAUGUAAUGUGUUGUGAGUCGUUUUGAACAGUACAUCUCUGGACACAAGAAUGGAUAUGAAUAAGUAUGAAUAAAUAUAAAUGGUUUCUGAUCAUAUUGUGAUCAGGUUCUGUCAAACUGUGGCAGCACACAGAGUAAAAUUAUAACCUUCCCCAUUCAUUAAGAUAAUGAGCUGGUCUUGUUAGCCUGAACUAAUUUUCUCGGGACAUUGCCAAGAUGGCAGCCGAGUGGCAAGACCCGGGACUUUGACCCAAACCCCCAGUCCCAAAUUUCACCCACUCGCAUCAGGUCACCCUAUUUGCCCAAUCAACGUAAAACAGCUGUUACAUGUUUCCCCUGGCUAUCUCUCACUUUUUUGUCUUUGAACAUGGUGCAGUAUGUAGGUGGACUGAAGUAGAUUUUUACACCUUAAGACAGCAGUGCAUCCUGUGACAUCAACCCACCAUCUGAAAAUAACUUUUCUCAGUAAUUGUGCAAAGAUAAGGUUCUCAGAAGAGUGUCUGACAGGAACAAAUCUAUGUUGGUCAUUUCCUCAUUCUGUGCAUCAUUGCAUACUUGUUUUACAGGAUUUAUAGCUGCUUUUUUUAGAAGGAGACUGAAGGAGAAUGAAUAAAACCGCUUGUCCUCGUGUCAGCUUUGACUUUACAGGCAGAUUCCUGCCUCCUGUUUACAUCUUAGUGUUCAUCGUUGGUCUGAUAGCCAAUGGAUGGGGACUGAAGUCUCUGUUGCAUGACUGGAAGAAACUAAAGAUCAUCAACGUAUUUGUUCUCAACCUUGGACUUACAGAUGUUUUGUACCUGCUCACACUCCCAUUUUUGGUGGUGUACUACUUCAUGGGGAGUAAAUGGAUCUUUGGAGAAACAUUCUGCAAGAUAACAAGAUUCUGCUUCAAUGUGAAUCAAUACGGCAGCAUUGGAUUCCUGACUUGUAUAAGUGUGUACAGAUACCUGGCCAUUGUUCAUCCAGUGAAAGUGAUUGGAAGAUUAACUUUCACCCGUUCUGUGAUGAUCUCGGUCAUGGUCUGGCUGUUGGUGAGUGUUCAAAGUCUUCCAGACAUGUUCUUCACCAAAACACAUAGAAACAACACUGAAAAAUGCUUUGUUACCACGCAUAACGACCACGUUGAGGAUUACCUGAAAUACACUCUUGGAUGGACCCUUACUGGGUUUUGUAUCCCGUUCCUCAUCACACUGGGCUGCUACGGACACGUGGCUGUAGUUUUAUGGACAUGGAAGAGGAAUGAUAAGGUACUGAAACAGAGAAGCUUGAAGUUGAUGUUCAUUUUGAUUCUUCUCUUCUCUGUCUGUUACAUCCCCUAUCAUGUAUUCAGAAACCUCAACCUCUGGUCAAGAGUUCUUACCAAACAGGGGAUAUGUUAUAAAUGGUAUAACGGAGUCUACAUUGCUCGUCAGAUAAGUCGUGUCCUUGUGUGUCUGAACAGUGCUCUCAACCCUCUGGUUUACCUCCAUGCACAUGAAGACGUUCCUGCUCAGCUCAGACAGAAGCUCCAGAAAGUUCGUCAGAUGUUAAACCAUCAGUUUUUGUCAAACCCCAGCAGAAGGCCUUCUGCACCGACUGUAGACGAACUGUAACACAAGAAAAACUUGUUUUUUUUCUAACACAAGUAUGUUUAAAAGUAUAGGUCAUAAUUUUAUUUCUAACACAUAUGCUGUGCAAAUAAGAAAGGGAGGAGGAUGACUUAAAACAUAAUUUUUAAUCAUUGUGUUAGUUUAUUUGUGUUUAACCACUUCUACGGUAUACUUAUACUGUAGAAGUGUUAAUUUACUGUGAAUUUUAAAGCUGUGUGCUGUAAUGAGUAAUAUGGGACUAAAUUCAAUCUAGAGAUUAAAUAAUUCAUUACAAGUUUGUAAGUGUUGCAGCAAAGGAAGUAGACACAAAUUAUUACUGUAAGAGAUC